ACAGUCAGUGCAAGUUACGACGCCGCUACCUAAGCAACGAAGAAAGAUCGUGUCGACGGCAGCAAGUGAUUUUUGUAAAGUGAGAUAUAUUUUUGAGCGAUACAGUGUUAUAAACUUGUAUGUUUAGAACAAUGGCCCAAGAAAAUCAAGACAGUUUGAGCGAAUUGAAGAGAAUGCGAGAAAAUGUCAAUUGGGAGAUGGAAAAUGAGCGACGUGAAUUUUACAGGCAAUUUUACAGUUUAAUCACUAAUUGGCAGGGCCCACUUCCUAACCUCCGAGACAUUUUUCGUCCUGACGAGAUCGAUUGGCUUCUCGCGGAGUCUUGUGAAGCGUACGGAAGGAAUCCAGCAUCAUUCGUUGACUUUGUGAUCAAUACCGGUUACAAAGAUAAAGAUGGCAAGCAUUUGUUGCGUCGCACCACACCCAUACAUCGUGCGACCAAACAUCGGUUUUUUCAGAAAGUAAGCAUUGUCCAUAAGCUUUUUAGAAUUUACGAUAGUUUCGUCAUGAACUACGUCGACGAAGAUGGAUUAACGCAUUUUCACGUGGCCUGCAAACACGGCUGUGUCAACGUCGUGAAGAAAUUUCUCGAGCUCGGCCAGGACCCCAAUUGUCUCGUGCCAGAAACGGGUAACUCGCCGCUACACUUUGCCCUGGCCUACAUGCGGAAGGAGGUGGCAAAAUUGCUGUUGAAAAAUGGCGCCAAUCUGACUUUGGCCAAUAAGAACGGAUCGACACCUCUGCACUUGAUUUUCAAGAUAGACGCCGAUGGCGGUUUGACGGAGAUGUUCUUUGAGAUAUGCAGAGACAGACGCCAGACAAUACAGGUCGACGCCCGGGACAAAGAGGGUAACACACCGUUAUACUUGGCUCUGAGUUACGACAGAAAGAAGGCGGUUGAAACACUGCUAAGAAAUGGCGCCAAUCCGAACUUGGUCAACGACAAAGGAAAGACACCUCUGCAUUUCAUGAGCCUUGCACGGACCAAACAAUUUGUGGCGAAGACGUUUUUGGAUAUCAGUGACGCAUUGAAUCGUCCUGUGCUGGUCGAUGCCCGAGACAACAAGGGUAACACACCAUUGCAUUCGGCAAUAAAAAACAGAUGCGGACACAUGGUCGAAUUUCUGCUAAAACAUGGCGCCAAUCCGAAUGCUGUCAAUCAGGAAGGAUCAACUCCUCUGCAUUUGAUUUGCACCAUGCUUGUAACCAAAAAAGGCCCUAUAUUUUUGCGGAUAUUCUUCAAGACUUGUGACGAGGUCCAGCAGACGGUUCAGGUCGAUGCUCGAAACAAGUUGGGCCAGACACCGCUUCAAUUGGCCGUGACACAUCUCUCGUUGGAUACGGUCGAUGUUCUGUUGGAUCGUGGCGCUGAUCUGUCCAAAUUCUCUUUUCCUACCGAGAGCCUCUUCAAGCACGUAUUAUAUGGAAGCGGGCAUAAUUGCUCUAAAUUGCAACUAGCGUCAAACGUUCUGCGAGUCGUCGAGCAUCUCAAGGAUAAAGGAUACGAGCUGGACCGAAACGACGUCCUGACGAUCGCGUCGUCGUUCUCCAAGUACAGAUUGUUCGAGAGGUCGGUGGAUCUCGAUAAAUCUUGGUACGACGACGUAAAGUUCACGGAAAAAGCAAAAAACAUGAUAAUAAUCAAACCGGACUUGACGCUCUACGACCUGACCCGGCUAAGGCCCGAAGAAACGAAAAAACUACUCGCAAAAGAGGAAUACAUCAAGUUUGCGUGCUCGAAAAAAUUAAACAAGCUCCUUACAAGGCACAGGAAGCCUUGCGCUUUGCAUUUGUGUGAGAAAAUAUCGAGAAGAUUUUUCCGGCGCUGGGCAUUGGAUGGCUUCUUGGAGCUGACGCGCUAUAAGCUGCCGAUUCUCUGUUCUGAGAUGAUCAUCGAAAAUUUGAAGAACGUAGAUUUAUGUAAAGUUUGUUUGUCAGUCAAUGUGUCAUUGUAA